CCUCUAUUUUUAGCAGGUCAACUCGCCGGUUGCAAGUCAGCACGGAAGUAUACAACUGGAAAUAGACCUUUGUAACAAAUCAGAAACACUACGAGAGGAAAAGAUCACGCCUAAACAAAGUCGUGGUGAUUCACCAUGGACGGCGGGAAGAAGGUGUGGGUGCCACACGCGGCCGAUGGCUUCAAGCUAGGACGGAUCACUGACAUAGGGUCCGACAACAUCUCCAUAGAACCGUUUGAUGCUCCCGGAACGACAAUCCACUCCGUGUACGACAGAGUGUUCCCUGCGGAGGAGUAUGACAACAAGGAUGUCGACGACAACUGUGGGCUUAUGUUCCUCAACGAGGCCACGCUUCUCCACAAUCUCAGGAUCCGUUACAUGAAAAACAUGAUCUAUACCUACACUGCCAACAUACUGAUUGCUCUGAAUCCGUACUAUGAGGUACCUGAUCUUUACACCAACGCCACCAUCCAGAAAUACCAGGGCAAAUCUCUGGGAACUAUGCCUCCACAUGUGUACGCCAUAGCUGACAAAGCUCUACGAGAUAUGAAGGUGUCUAAGCUGAGCCAGUCCAUCAUCGUUAGCGGGGAAUCUGGAGCAGGAAAGACAGAAUCCACAAAGUACAUACUCAAGUACCUGACCAUGUCACGAGGCCAGAGCUCAGGACAGAUCGAACAGAGGAUUUUAGAGUCAAACCCCUUGUUAGAAGCCUUUGGAAAUGCCAAGACCAUGAGGAACAACAACAGUAGUCGAUUUGGCAAGUUCAUAGAGAUCCACUUUAGUGGCCAGAACUUGAUGACGCUGGCUGGAGGGUUUAUUUCCCAUUACCUAUUGGAAAAGUCCAGGAUAUGUGUUCAGAGCGCCAACGAGAGGAACUACCACAUCUUCUACAGGUUGUGUGCCGGGGCUCCAGACGAUCUCUACCAGAAACUCAAAUUGGUUUCACCCGACCAAUUCCAUUACUUGAAUCGUGGAUGUACACAGUAUUUCUGUGGUCGUCAGACUGACAAAGCAAUGUCACAGGGCAGGAAGAGUAAACAGUACCUGAAGGAUGGCAGCCUCUCUGACCCUGUGAUUGAUGAUGUACAGAACUUUAAGAUUUGUGACGAUGCCAUGAAACAUCUAGGCUUCUCCGACUCGGACCGCUUGUCUGUGUACAAACUGGUCGCAGGAGUACUCCAUCUAGGAAAUAUCAGCUUUGAGGAAAACCAUGAAGAUACAAAAGGUGGUUGUAAAGUGAUGGCGGGGGGCGAGAGUGCACUGGACACUGCUGCUGGGCUGUUAGCUCUGGAGAGGGAAGAGCUGCGGGAAUCUCUAACUAGCCGCAUUAUGCAAACUGCAAAAGGAGGGUCAAAGGGCACUAUCAUCAAGGUUCCUCUAAAGGUGGGCGAGGCAUCUAGUGCCAGAGACGCAUUGGCUAAGUCUGUCUACUCACGUCUGUUUGACUUCAUUGUGGCCAGCAUCAACAAGUCAAUCCCAUUCAGUUCCUCGGUCAGCUUCAUCGGCCUGCUUGACAUUGCUGGGUUCGAGUAUUUCCAGGUGAACAGCUUUGAACAGUUCUGUAUAAAUUACUGUAAUGAGAAACUGCAACAAUUCUUCAAUGACCGAAUCCUCAAGGAGGAACAAUUGCUGUAUGAGAAAGAAGGCCUGAAUGUAAAGAAGAUCGAGUGGACAGAUAACAAGGAUUGUAUUGAGCUGAUUGAGAUGAAGGUGUCUGGGAUAUUUGACUUACUUGAUGAGGAAAGUAAACUUCCCUUGCCCAAGCCAGACCACUUCACAAUGGAGGUCCACAACCGCAACAAGAAGCAUUUCAGGCUCAGUCUGCCACGCAAAUCUAAACUGAAAAUGCAUCGUGACGUGAGAGACGAGGAGGGAUUCCUUAUCCGCCAUUUUGCUGGUGCUGUCUGCUACCACACGGUACAAUUUAUAGAGAAGAACAAUGAUUCGCUGCAUGCGUCACUCCAGUUCCUCAUACAGGACAGUAAGAAUGAUCUCCUCAAAAAGAUGUUUGAGGGUGUCAAAGUCUCGUCAGGCAAGCUCAAUUUCAUCAGCGUCGGCAGCAAGUUCCGCUCCCAGCUUGUUGUCCUCAUGGAGAAACUCAAAGCUACGGGCACCAACUUUAUCCGAUGUAUCAAGCCUAAUUUGAAAAUGGUGGAUCACAUGUUUGAGGGUGCCCAGAUUCUCAGCCAGCUUGAGUGUUCAGGUAUGAACUCGGUGUUAGAUCUGAUGCAGCAGGGCUUUCCAUCCCGUACUCAGUUCGUUGAGCUGUACAACAUGUAUAAACGCUACCUUCCCCCAGAACUGGCUCGCCUUGAUCCCCGACUGUUCUGUAAGGUAAGUACUCAGUUCGUUGAGCUCUAUAACAUGUAUAAACACUACCUUCCCCCAGAACUGGCUCGCCUUGAUCCAUCAAAUGUAAGUAUACUAGUACAAUGCAUCAAGUGUUAGUAUACUAGUACAAUGUAUCAAGUGUUAGUAUACUAGUACAAUGUAUCAAGUGUUUCAUUCAAUUGAGUUUUCAUUAAGAAUGAUCUAUUACGUUUUCAACCAUCAAGUUUAGCUUUUACAAUUGUUAUGAAUCAAAUGUUGUUGGUAUAUUACAGGUAUCAGAUGAUCACCAAAGUGGUGGCCUCUCAAGCUCAGGUGGCCGAGAUGUCCAAGAUAGUGGGGCAACUCAAGAAAGACAAGGACACUGCAACAAAACAAAUUAACGCUGUACAGACAGCCUUGCAAACCUUCAUUUCCAAAAUCAGGAAGACGGAUAUAAGCCCUGUGGAAAUGGAGAGAACAUAUAACAACCUACUUACACAGAUGGACCAAAACACACAGGGCAUCCGUAAACUGCUAGAGAAACAGAAAAUCAAGGAAGAAGAAGAGCGUCUUCGCAAAAUACAGGAAGAAAUGGAAAGAGAGAAAAAAAGGAAAGAAGAAGAAGAAAGAAAGAAAAGAGCAGAGGAGGAGGAAAGGAAGCUGAAGGUAGAGAUGGAGUCUAAGAGGAAACGUGAAGAGGAGGAGCAGAAGAAAAAGGCUGAAGUAGAGCGUUUGGACCGUGAAAAGAUGAAAGUACUGCUGGCUAAGGAGGCAGGCGAGAACAAACAGAGACAACAUCAACUUGAACAGGAGCACCGAGAUCGAGAACUGGCUCUACGUCUGGCUAUGGAGGACGAAGAUGCUGUGGAGGAUGUGGUGGUACCCCCUCUACAGAGCGCUACAAAAGAAAGGUCUGCAGAGGUUCAAGCAGCCCGUACAGCCCUGUUGUCAAAGAAGUAUGACCUGUCCAAAUGGAAGUAUGCCGAGCUACGUGACACCAUCAAUACCUCAUGUGAUAUUGAGCUGCUUGAUGCCUGCAGAGCUGAGUUCCAUCGGCGACUAAAAGUCUACCAUGCUUGGAAGUCCAGAAACAAGAAGACCAAUGACAACACACCAGAUGAGCGAGCCCCCAAAGAUUUGGUGGAAAAUGCAGAGGCGAUGGCAGUAGCCACUGGUCAAUCGACCGGCCAGAAACCAAAUAUCAACACCAAACAGGAUGCAGUCCAAAGGUUUUUCCGCAUUCCAUUUGCUCGUCCCUCGGAUGAUUUCCGUGACAAUCCAACAGGGAAGAAACAUGGAAUGUGGUGGGCCCACUUUGAUGGUCAGUGGAUAGCCAGACAGAUGGAGAUGUACCCCGAUAAACAGCCAAUUAUCUUAGUGUCAGGUGUUGAUGACAUGCAGAUGUGCGAGCUCAGUCUAGAGGAGACUGGAUUAGGCCGUAAAAAGGGAGCAGAAAUUCUUGGAAAGGACUUUGAGGCUGAAUGGAUUAAGAAUGGUGGAAAGGAAUAUUUGAAGAAGCAUGCCCAGAGAGUGUCCUCACAGUUCCUGAAGAAGCGUCAGGGCCUGUCAAACUGACAAAACAAAUUGUCGUAGGAGGCUCAAAGUUUACAUUUUAGCUCAUUAAAUCUUAAACGCGUGCUUUACACUUGAUGUUCAAAGGGAGAAUCCUUGGUUAUCUAUGGGACCAGAUUUGAAGUGGGAAAGUAACCAACUGCUUAUAUUAGUUUUUGUGGUUUCUAGGACUAAACUCUGGUCUAGAGUAUUAAACCAACUACAUUUGAACCUGUCUAAUCUGACCUCUAAGUGUUCCGACAACCUGUCUAAUCUGACCCCUAAGUGUUAUGACAUCCUGUCUAAUCCAAAAUAAUGUUGUAAUACCAUUUCUUAUAAACACUACCAAAAUAAACGUAUACAUUAUGACAUUCUGUGUAAUCUGACCAAUAUAUUGUGUUGCAUAGGGUUAGAUUAGACAGGUCAAUCUGACCAAUAUGUUGUAUUCCACAGGAUGUCAAAUUAGGCAGGUAAAUCUGACCAAUAUGUUUUGUCUCAGGGUUAGAUUAGACAGGUCAAUCCAACCAAUAUGUUGUGUUGCACAGGAUGUCAGAUUAGACAGGUAAAUCUGACUACUAUGUGGUGUUCCACAAGAUGUCAGAUUAGAUGGAUUUCACUUACUAAUAACCUAGUUUUGGUGGUUCCUGGUAUACAACUGAGGUCCAGCGACUACACCAACUAUUUAUUUUCAUGCUUAUUUUCUUGAGAGAGCAUUUAGGUUUUGUUAUUUUUGUUGUAGUGUAACUAUUGUAGUCUAUUUGGGUUAGUUGUUUACAGAAAUCCGAACACAUUAGAUUUGUGUUUGCAUCUCCUAGAUCAAUUUAAGUUACAUCAUUCCAAAGGAACUAAUUUCUAAGGUUGAAAUACUUCAGCUUUGAGUAUGUGUAAGGGAAAACACAGAAAGAAGAUGUAUCUCAAUAUGUCAGCACGUAAGGCCAAGGGUACCAACAUGUUAAGCUACUUUACCAAAUGAAUAUCACUAAGAAAUAUUUUGUGAAAAUCACAUGUUGCCAUGCAUUUGACAGAAUUAAUUGUAGUUGUUGAAAAUUUAAAUGUUUGAAUUUGGAAUAAAAGAAGAAAACAAGAAAACAGCAGAAUUUGAAUGGGAACUUACAAACCCAACAUGUUAUCAAUAUUGCCAUACAAGAAUUACACAAGCACAGCGUAAAAAUGAGUGACCAAUUUAUGGGCCACAAAGCAUAUGAAAAACUUGACAGGGGGAGUAACUCUAAGCUAUAAAAUCUCCUUUAGGUUGCUUCAUCUUCUAUAUAGAGUGGAGAAUACCCUAAGUUUAUAAAAGAGUUUAACUCCUCUUCAUGAUACAAACUGAGGCUUUGUUACCCUUUACCUUAAUCUGGUAUAGAGAUAUGUCUGUACAUGUCUGGACUUACAGUCCAUUAUAAGGAUAUUAGGUGUGAAAUUACUCUAAGUACCUUGUUUUAGUUUUUGAAGAAGGGCUAGUUAUUAAAUUGAUCCUACAACUUGUCUGAGAGUUUUUGUCGCUGUUUCAGGCCUUUUUCCCUUGUGGCGUUAGACUUGCUAGUAUGUAAUACACAACGUAUUUUGUUAAGGAGCUUUAAAGUUUAAGAGCUAUUUUUCAUUUUUCUAUACAUAUGCAUUUUUUUCCUAAAGUUUAUAUUUACUGAGAGAGUGGAAAAAUAAUGCAUGGGCUGUGCUAAUUAAUGAAGAGAUAUUUUGGGGAAUCAAAUUAAUUUGUUUUCAUGCAUAUUUUACAAUGUUAUCUUAACAUGAAUGUUACGGUUUUGAUAUAUUGUUAAAGUUUUGAAAGUGUUUGUUAUUCAGUGUAGAAAUGUUAUUGCCUGCCCAGAUUGAUGUUGACCGUUAUCUUGACCACUCAAGGACAUUACCCCUACUGGCCAAGUUUUUAGCAUACUGGCACAUCUUCUGAAGCAUGGUAGCUUGUGAUUUUUUAGCAUCUUUCAAGAAAACAAAGCUGACAAGAUUAGAUUAGUAAAGGUUCCUUUAUUGCAUAAAGAAAAAAAGGAUCCUUUUAACAAUAUUUGUACUUAAGGUAAUUAAUUAAUUUGAUUAAUUUGAUUUUUCUUUCAACAAACUUGAAUGGACUAUGCAUGUCAUUUUUCCACCGUCCAUCAAAACUUACUUGAAAAGUGCCUCUAAAGAAAUUCUGUCCAGACGUCAUGAUUUCGUAUUAAUCCUCUGUACAGUAAGAUCUAUACCGUCGAGCCUUACAAUUAAAUAAUGUUUUUACCUUUAAUACUGUCUCAAAUCUAGGUCAAAGGUCAUCAGAUCAUGUCUCCAUAAUGUUACUAUCCAAAGGUCAUCAGAUCAUGUCUCCAUAAUGUUACUAUCCAGGCUUUAAAAAUGUCUAAAGUCCAAUUAUAGAUGACACUAAGAUAUCUGACCAGAACUUACAGGGUACAGCAGUCCACAGUCAGGGACCCAGAUGGCUGGCCGUAUUGGGUCACCUAGGGCUAUGGAGAAAGAAAUUAUUUAAAGGGAAAUGCUUGGCAACAAAUUUAAUCAUUUUAAUAAGGUUAUCGUUAUACAAGUGAAGCUGAGAAAUGAAGUGAUAUGUGUUAUGUGUUGGAUUGUGAGCUUUGUAAAACCAAAGGAUGCUGACAUUGUCGAAUCUACCUACCAUAUCAAUGGUUAUCCAAUACAUUUUUUAAGGUUGUGAAAUUAUCUAAAUUUACACGAUAUCUUGUGUUAUGGAAGUGAUUUUUUGUAGUAUUACAAUAACACUACGUUUUUUAAGCCAGUUGGUGUGUUAUUUGUUAGUACACGUAUAUAAAUACUUGAGACAGCUGGUUGUGUGGUGAGGCUGGCCAGUUUUUUAUGUUUGUUCAAAACCAGGUAUGAGGAUUAGCACAAGAAUAUUUUUUAUUCACAGUGACAUGUUUUAAUGACAAGGGUUAGCUACAUCUUGUGAUGGGAUCCCAAAGCUUUGAACUGUGGAUAUCUAUGUUGUGGUGUCUACUAGAAUUAAACUUUGGUCAUUUGUUCUGGCCAUCACUGAUCAGUCAUGAUGAUCACACUCAAUACAUCCUAGUACUGAAUGUGGAAAUUGAAAACUUGUUCUCCAACAUACCGAUUGUGUGAACGAUAUAAUUCAUGCAGUAAAAUGACUAAUAAGUAACAGAAAAUGUCUCUCAGUGAACAAUUAACCAGUAUCUGCUAAAGUCUAAGUGAUGGCUGUGAUCAGCGGUCAACAACACCUGACGAGUACAAAGGCCAGAACACACACAAACUGGACUAUUACUGAACUUCUACAAUGUAUCCUCCAUAGAGCUAUCAUCAGUAGAGUGUAAAUGUAGUGUAGCUUGCUCAGUAGGAGGACCUUGGCAUCCAAUUGACAUUCAAUUCAAAAAAGUUGUUAUGCCUCUACCGUUUUUGGAGAGAAAGGGGCACAUACGAUGUUACAAAUGUCGGCCCCAUCCUUUACUUAAUCAAAGUUCAUGUGCGAGAACACCUUAAAUGAGUUUGUAUUUCAAGGUUCAAAGGUCAAGGCCACAAUUAUUACCGUAUUUGUAGAAAUGUGUCUAACAAUUACGUGGCAUUGCACUAGCAACUUCAUUCUUUAACAAACUUCAUUCAAAAGUCUAGAAUAUCUCAUGUUUUUUCAGAGUUUCAAGGUCAAUGCCAAGGUCACCAUUACUGUUCUUAUUUCCUUAGACCAGACAUUGCCGAUAUUUUCUGGUAUUAAAGAUUCCUUUCUCUGGUUUUAAUAGUUAAGAAAUCUUGCUCAUUGUAAUGGUUGGUUUUGCACGGUUCUGAUAUAAUAACAUCCUGUACUUGAUCCUGUCUCUAUCCAACUGUAAACACAUAGCACCAGGUGAUAAAGGUCACCCAUAAUUAAGUCACAAAUAUGUAACAAAACAAGGUCACAACACACUACCAGUUUGUCCUUAUAUACAUGUAUAGUAUACAAAAACAAUUAUGAAGCAAUUUUCCUGGAGUUUCGUAUUAAACACCCUAUGAAAUAGAAAAUUGAGAAUGUGUUUGUUGUUGAGAUUGUGAAGUUUUGUGAACAGUGUGGAUUUGACCACUUUUACUAUUGUAGCACAUGUAACCUGGUGGAAUGUUGUUCAGCAAAGAAUAAAUGUGCAUAUGUCA